UUGAAAAUCUUUGGUCGCCAGGUUACGCUGUUUAACGUUGUGAGCACGUAACAUGUUUCUUGAAUACUGUUAACGCCCACUUUUGGCAUUGCUCAUUUUGCGGAGAGGCAGUUCCAUUCAUAGGGCUGGUAGGCAGGCAGGCAAACUGCUGGGGCGGCCAAACACCAUCAGCGACAUAGUGUGUGAGCCAAAUGAUGGUCUGUCACUAAAAAAAAUACCAGGCCAGGUGAAACCGCGCGGUCAUUGUCAGCCGUUUCGACGUCGCCAACACGCUGAACUCAAACCGAAACCAUCUCCCUCAGGAAUGGAUUUUGAAUGUCUUGACUGAAUAUUGGAGAUCCUCUCCUCUGCUCGACCUGCCGCGGAAGCAGACUGACUUCCUAGUCGACUGGCUCCUCACUGCUGCCGCAGACCGACCACUCCACUCGGCUCAUUUAACCCAGACCGUCCGCGGACUACUGGCUCUGACAUCUGGACACAUCGGAACUGGUCUAUCGUCGUUGUAGAUAACGCAAACGUGCCUGCGCGUGUUUUUGCUGCCUGUAUAAUGCCGACACAUUUGCGGUUCCGGAGAAGGUCAUUCCUUGGGCUUUUAUUCCUUUUUUCACUGUCCACCUCCGCAUUGUACUUCAUCUACUCCGCCCCCGGAAUCGUGAAUGAGUAUGUGUUCAUGGUCCAAGCCAGAGGGAUCCAGAUCAGGGAGAACGUGAAGAACAUUGGGGCUCAGGUUCUGGAGCAGGUGGUGAGAGGGGCUUACAACGUCAAUGGUACAGAUUACUCCUAUGACUUCAACAUGAGUGAGAGCGAUGCUCCUCCCACCACAUACCUCCCCGAGGGCUUCACAUACCUCCCCUCACAGGUUUGCCCUGAGAGGCUGCCCUCCAUGAAGGGCAGGUUGGAGGUGAACAUGAGUGAGGUAUCCCUGGAGGAGGUGGAGAGAUCCUUGCUGGAGGGAGAACCUAGCAUGGCCCCAGGAGGCUACUGGAAGCCCAAAGACUGUUUACCUCGCUGGAAGGUGGCAAUCCUAGUCCCAUUCAGGAAUCGACACGAACACUUACCAAUCCUCCUGAGACACCUGGUGCCAGUGCUGCAGAAACAGAGACUCCAGUUUGCCUUUUAUGUCAUAGAGCAGGUAUACACUCAGGGGGGCACAGAGCCAUUUAACCGGGCCAUGUUGUUCAAUGUGGGCUACAAGGAGGCUAUGAAGGACCUGGACUGGGACUGUCUGAUCUUCCAUGACGUGGACCACCUCAUGGAGAACGACAGGAACUACUACGGCUGCACAGACAUGCCCCGACACUUUGCGGUCAAGCUCAACAAGUACUCCUAUAUGCUUCCGUAUAAUGAGUUCUUUGGCGGUGUCAGUGGCCUGACGGUGAAGCAGUUCAAGAAGAUUAAUGGAUUUCCUAAUGCAUUCUGGGGUUGGGGAGGAGAGGACGAUGACCUCUGGAACAGGGUGCGGUUUGCCAACUUCACAGUAAGUAGACCACACGGAGAGCAGGGACGCUACAAGUCAAUUCCGCAUCAUCAUCGUGGCGAAGUCCAGUUCCUGGGAAGGUAUAGUCUACUACGCCAUUCGAAGGAGAGACAGAAAGUGGAUGGUCUCAACAACCUGAACUACUCGCCUGUAGUGUCCAGGAGGCCUCUCUACACCAACAUCACAGUCAGCUUGAGCAGAAAGCUUGCACCCGUAGCUGACUACUGACGUAGGCACAGCUGGACUGCAGACCACCUGGGAAUCAAAGUCCUCUUGGACAUCAGCCAUAUCUCACCAAUUGCAGCACUGCUUAGGACAUUUAGUUGAUCAAUUCUUUGCUUUGUUUCUUUUGUUUGUAUGCAAAAAAAAUGAAGACUCAAAUAAGUACGUUGGAUAAAUCACAUAAGAAACUAGGGAUAAAUGCUGCACUUGUUUGUGCUACAGUCCAUCACUCCUCUCAUCUGGGCUUAUCUAGUCUUCAGUCUCCACAUGCCUUUUGCACCAUUUUGGCCUUCAGCAUCCAUUCAUUCAUUUUCUUAUUCAGUCAGCGACGAGUUUCAGCCCUACACUAUUGUGCUUGUUCAUCAAAAAUAGGCCGUGAUACACGACGCGCACAUUCAAGUGCACGCACACACGCACGCACACAACAGUCUGACUUACAUGUGCUGACAUGGUCCCUGAGGCUUUGAUUAUUACUUUGCUCUUGCACUUCUUUUUUUUUUUCUCCACAAAAUGCAGUAAACCUGUGAAAACAAUUGCAUGCACACACACAUACACACACACACACACACACACACACACCCCUCCACACAACAACUUCAACCAAGUGGUUUCUUGCAGCUGGUUCUGCAGAAGGUAUGCCAAAUCUAUAAGUAAAGAGAGCAAGAGAAAAUGAUAUAGAGUGAGUGUUCACAGUCAUAUAUACUGUAUGUAAAAUAGUUUAUCCUACGUUUGAAGAAUAUUAGUACCUUAAUUAUCUCUUACCAACUAUAUUUUGUCCUGUGAACAUACCAUUUAAAGACUGUGAUGUUUGUGUUUGCAUAGUUGCAUUGGAUGUUCUGGCUGCCUGCGAGUGGCUGUAUGUAGGAGAGCAAUGCUCAUCCUGUUAGCAAUAAGCUGUAAUAUCAGACAGCAGAACUUAGACCUGACUUCCUCACUAUACAGAUGCAAUAGCACGGGUGCUAGCAUACCCUUAUUGGACUACAGAGAAGGAGUGACUGCGUAUGCAAACUUCACAUUCAGCACACCUUUGCCUAAGCAAACAUGCCACCCCUUUCAGAACCUGUGUGUGUGUGUGUGUGUGUGUGUGUGUGUGUGUGUGCGCAUAUACGCAUAUACGUGAGGGAGAGCUAUGCAAAUGGCCUGUGUGUAUUCUGUUGUCAGUGCGGGGUCACUGGGGGCGACCUCCGGGAGACUUCACCUCUGAAACUGUGACAGACUUGACUUUAGGCCUCACUUUGUGUGUGGUGCUUAAGUCCAGGCCAGGGAGAGAUAAACAGUUUGCCGUUUUAUUUUUAGAUCCCAUAUCCUCGAUGUUUACUCACCUUCAUUUUUACAGAAGAGAACUGGAGGUAGAAAAAUACUUGAUUGCUGUCACUGUCACUGGUGUUUACAGAAGCUUUUGCUUUGUUAUUUUUCAGAUUGUCUAGUGUUUGUAAUACUUUUAGCCAGCCCUCCUUCACUGUGGGUGCUGUGAAAUCUCUUCAACAACGUUAUCUAUGGCUGCCUUUAUUUUUUUAAGUGACACUUCUUUAUCUAGACUCGGAUAGGGGGAAAACAGAUCUCGAUGCCUAUCUGAGACGUCACGUGAUAAACCACUGACUGGCUCUGAUAUAGCUUGUAGCCAGGUUAUGGCUAGGGAGUUUCUUUGUGUAAAUCGAGACUGUGGGUAGUUGGUCUCAGUAGGGUUUUUGUUUGAUGGCAUGCAGCCUAACUCUGUGCAUUGACACAGACUGAUAGCAUUCUGGCAGUACACUGCAGUUCCUAUAAUGUCCCUCCCUAAUUUGUGUGUUUGACAGUGUUGAUUUUGAGUAAAUUAUCCCAAUACUGUAAACGUAGUUCCUUUAGAAAAGAAGAAAAACACACAUACAGACACUCUCUUCUCACUGGCUGUCCUGUAGUCAUGCAGCUACUUCAUUUCACACAAAUCGCCUUGUAUGCAUUUCUUAAGAUGUAUCUUUUGGGGAAAAUGUGGGUGGUUGACAAACUGUUGUGUUCCCACAAUGAAAUAAGAAGAGGCUGGACCUCGUUUUAUUUAUUUGAUCUUUUAUGGAUUAUUUUCUGGAAUUGUUCCGUUUUUAUUUUUCUUGAGGUUGAUGUGAUGAUUUAGUAGGUGACAUAUGAUGGGCUGUGUUAGACGCACUGAAACUUGUUGUUAUGUGUAUUUGUGUGGGAUUGUGAGGUUCAGGUCUGUGUAAACAGGGAAGCCGCUCCGUUUCAUCCAGACGUAGAUUUCCCGUUUUGAUGGAACGGAACGGGACCCCCCCCCCUUCCCCGGUAGCCCGGUGUGUAUUAAUCUGCUGAACAGACACGUUAGAGGAAGCCAUUUUGUGUGACAACCACAGGAAAAGCAAGACACCUAAUCAGAAAAAGCUAGCAGUCACUAUCUUUCACUGGGCACCUCCUUUAUUCUAAUUGAUAAUCAAUGGUGCUGACCUUCCAGAGCUCCUUUUGAGGGAGUCUCUUCCUACGUGCUUACUGGAACCAAUCCUGGCAUCAUAAAGGCUAGUAUUGACAGGAAAAAACAUCCUUCCAGCUUUUACUUCAUUAAAUUCCAGUCUGCAUAUAAAAGUGGCUAUAGUAGAUAUUCUGUGUUUUUACAUCCAUACCUUUGUUGACCUGAUACCUUUCACAUCCUGCCAGGUAAUACUAAUAUGUGUGUAUUUUUGUUGUUCUGGUUCAUAGCCACAAGCAGAAGCACGUGUUUACCUCCUAGCCAGUCGCUCAAGGAGUUGCCCAGUGGAAGUCAUGGACAGUAGCAGUGUUUGUGUUAAGUUUUCUUUUCCAUGUGUGUUUGAGUGAAAUGGCUAAACCUCUCAGAGGUCUAACUGUCCUCCAUCUAGAUUUUGAGUUAUUUUUUUUUUGUUUUUUGUUUUUUUUUUAUUUUGUUUUCCAGCACUGAUACAUGAAACGUGAUUUAUAGUGACCUGGUUGUGAACAACUCACAGCUUCUUUUCUAGUUCUUGACGCCUAGUUGAGACACUGUGUAUUAUAUUAUUUUUCUUUAUUGCUUUAAAUUAAAAGCUAGAUGGACUUAUAGAAAAAAGCCAAAUGGUUUUAGUUUGAGUGUUCAGGUGAAGAUUCAGACCCAGAGGGACCUCUUAGGCCUCUCUGGAUGACAGCGAUAUUCUUAGAGUCAGUAUUUGGCUCUAUACUCCACAAUGUAGAAUGAGCAGCUUCAUCACACCAUGUUCCAAAAAGAUGGGUUUUCUAUGACUGCUAGACAGCUUUGUCCACCAGAUGACUCAGCAACGGGAGCAAAUCAGUCUCUUGCUUUUAUUUAAAACAGGAAACAUUGUUAUCAGUUGGUGAUAAGGGCACGCUGACUAGUCUUGUUCCUGUUUGUCCUGUACAUGGUCUCAGUCCAGACCGAGCCUGCUGCUCACUAAAAAGGCUUCGUUGUACCAUAAUCUCACCUGCUCUGAUCCAUUCUGUGCCAGUUUAAAUGAAGGGACCAAUCUUUGGCCAUCUGACAAAACUGGCAGCCUUAAAGCUUCUUAAUUUAUUGCAGUGUUUUUUCACUCAAGUUUUCUUUUUUUUAUAAGCAAAAAUAUUUAAAUUGAAAAAAGUGCAUAUCAACAUAAUGAUCAUUGUAAAUAUUGUUGUGUGUAGUGUUUUAGAAAUUCUAUAAGGUCUUAAAUCACUACAGAUGCUAGCAUAAAGAACAAGGCUUUGGAGGGGUUUGGCUAGGGGGUUUAUCUGGUGCCAUUUUAAGUGCUAGUGAAGCUUACACAGAGACAUCAAUGUUUUUACAUCACUGCUUCCCAGCACAGCCUUUUUUAAAAAAAAAUAAAAAUAUCCUUAUCCCAUAAAUUUUAGAUUCCUCUCACAGUCUCUGAGGUGUUCUGCAUUCCAGAGGCCUCCACUGUACUUAAUAUGCUGGAACAGCAGGAGAGACUCGUCGCGGCAGACGUAGGCAUCAGUCUACGGAUUGCAGUUGGGCGUCCUUGUUGCCGUGUGUGACGUCUCUUUGAUAGUGACAGCAGUUGGAGUAAGGUGUAGGUCAGUGGAAAGCACUGCAGGAUAGCGAUGUGUCAGCCAAAAAAACAAACAACCAAAAAAAAAAAAAAAACACCAUAUGCUUACAAUGCAACGAAACCGAGGCACCCUAACCAGCGACACAAUCUUCUCCAAAAUCUACACAGAUUCAUUUUUUUGUAUGAAAGCUAACUACUUAGGAAAAAAAAGAAAAAGGAUACAGAUAAAGCUAAAUUUAAAAUCUAUCUUCUCUGAUUGUAAGGAGAGAAAUUCUCCUUGAACUGAAGCCAUUUGAAGCCACUUGUCAAAACUUGAUGUCAGCCUUAUGUGGAUCUGUUUGUGUAUCGGCAUAUUAUCUUUUGAUUAUUAAAAUUUGUAUGAUGGAGAUUUUCUUUUAUACCAUCAUUGUUAUUGUCAAAGUACACCAAUAAAACUUGUAAAGAUACAGUA